CACAAUUUCCACAACUAUGGUGCAGACUAAAAUUGCUCUCCCAAAGUGAUUCAAUAGGCCGAAGACCACAAAAUCUCAUACCUCUUGGUUCUAGCGCUUUUGCAAAGCUCAAAAAAAAUUCAAGAAAACUCAAACAGUGCACCUGCAACAUGCUCUAGGGAAGAUGGAUCCAGUGUUGAAGCCUAUCAGGACAACAUGCAGACUGAGAUUGAAGACGAUGCCUGCGGGCAACCCAUCCCAAAUCUUCCCAAAGUAUUGCUUUUGGAUUAUCAGCGAGUAAAAGGAGCAAAUUCUAAACAGAAAAUCACCCCUGAUUCUCUUGCAUCUGAGAUCCCUGCUCAAGAUCCAUCAUCAACCAUCACAAAGGAGGAACCAACCAUCGCAACACUUGCCACUCAACAAAAGAAGCUCGAUUAUGAUGAAGAGUUUCUGAAGAUACUUGAUCAAGAACCAUUAAUAGCUUUUUCGAAGUUCCACUCUAGAAAAAAUCAUGAUUAAGAUGAAAAAACUGUCAAGAAGACCAAGAAGAAGAUGCCAAAGUCUGCACGAGUUCCACUUCGCUGGUCAAAAAGAAAGGUGAAAGCGUAUGAAGACCAUUCUUCUCAAGGCCCAGUGCAAAAGAAGGUUCGCCUACGAGAAUCCCCAACAUCAUCAAAAUCAUGCUCAAGCAAAAGGAAGAAAGUUCCAGGAAAAUCCUCUAUUUCUCUUUUUGCAUCCUCUAAAGCCAAAUUUGUCAUGCCUUUUAUUGCAAAGAAGUCUGUGAUUCCUCAUAAGU